AUUUUAAAAAACAGAGCAAAGCUUGAUAAAAAUGAUAGGCUGCUAGAAUUUGUGCAGAACCUUGAGUCUGCAUGCAUUGAAACAGUCGAGUCCGGUAAAAUGACAAAGGAUCUUGCGCUUCUUAUCCACGGUCCCAAGGUAUCAAGGGAACAUUACUUGAGCACGGAGGAAUUCAUUGAUGCAGUUGCUCAGAGACUUAGAGAGAAACUUCAAGAUCGUGCUGUUUUGUAGAGUCGGGUCCGACAUCCAAUCCGACUGCUUAAGGAAAGAAGAUUAGAGAAGUUCAUGCAGGACUCUGGAAGAUUGCUUCUAGAGGGCUGGGAAUGAAUGCUACUUCUAUGGAAUUCUGAAGGCCGGUGAAUGCCGUGGUCGUUCAACUCAAAACACGUGGAAAUGUGCGCAUGAUUAUCCAAGCGCACAAACAAACAUGUGGCUCGGUCUUGGACCGUAUGUUCCAAAAUUCUGUGGAUGAUCUGUGGUCCCCUGGUAUUCUCCCGGUGGUUGAUUAAUAUUUCCAGGAGCAUUCACAUGAAGAGGAAAGAACGAGAUUAUUUUCUCCAAGAAUGAAUGCGGAAACAAAGCAGGGCCCAUUAUUCCAGCACAGAUGCCCUGCAUUGGUACCAUCGCCAACGUCAUUGGUAUGAUGAUGUGUGGCGUCUAUUUUUGCUUGAGCUAAGGGUAUAAAAAGUGUGUGCAUUGUCCCUGCAUUAAUUACUAUUGCCAAAAUUAUUGGUGUCAUUACUGUUGUCAUUACUAUUGUGAAAGUCAUUGGUGUGAGAGGAAUAAUACUCUUUUUCUUUCUUCCUCUGAAUCAACGGGAAUAUAUGUGCAGAGUCCCUGCAUUACUGUUGCCAAAUUCAUUGGAGAUGUCUUUGUCCUUUUGAGUUGAAUGUAGGGAAAAAAUAUGUGCGCUUUGUCCCUGCGUAGUUAUUGACCAAGUCAUUGCCGUGAUGACGGAAGUCCUUUUGUUCGUACAUUGCUGUCGAAGUCAUUUUUUUUUAUUAAAUUAGGGUAAAAUGUGUGGAUAGGCCCUGCGUUACUUCACUCUUCCUUAUACCUUUUAACAAUGUGCUGUUGCACGCACCGCCUCUAUUAUAAGUGAUAAAAAAUUUGAUGAUUGAUAUUCGAGUUCUCAAGAUCGAAUUCUAGUUGAUUCAUAUUUUUAGUAAAAUUUAUUUCUAAAAGAAAUAACCGAGGUAGGUAGUAUGCCACCUUUCUCUUUCAAAAAAAAAAAAAGAAAAAAGAAAAAAGAAAAAAAGAAAGUGCUGUUGCUUCUUUGCUUCAUUUGGGAUUGCUUAGGCCAUGCACAACCUUUUUCCAAUUGUCCCUAGAGUUCUAUAAUUAUUUCAAUGAGCUUGUUAUCUUGCCUAAGUGACUGGCUACUAAGAGAGAGAGAGAGAGAGAGAGAGAGAGAGAGAGAGAGAGAGAGAUGAGAGGAUGGUUGUCAUCUUUUCGUUUGUCGGCGGAGGAGAGGAGAGCUCGGCAGGAGGUGGCCCUCCCCAAGACCAAGGACACCGUCGCUUCCUUCCCCAUCGUCGUCUUCAGCCACUCGUACUGCCCCUUGUGUCGACGGGUUAAACAGGUGCUAACGGAGCAGGGGGCGACUUUUAAGGCGAUUGAACUGGAUGAGGAGAGUGAUGGGUCGGCUAUACACUCGGCGCUGAUGAAGUGGACCGGACAGGCCGCAUGUCCGAAUGUUUUUAUCGGCGGAAAGCACGUCGGCGGUUACAACGAGAAGGGAAACUGGUACCUCUGCUCGUCGAAGCAGGCGCCAUCGCCGCCGCCGCCCCCGCCCCAGCCUCAGCCCCCGCUGAUUGAUUAGUUAGAAUCUGCAUACACAAUUCGCUUGCAUGGUGCAUGCAGUUAGUUAAUUAGGUGCUCUCUGAAUAAUAAUAAUAAUAAUAAUAAUAAUAAUAAUAAUAAUAAUAAUAAUAAUAAUAAUAAUAUAUAUGCAGCUCCUGCUUAUGUAACGUAACUACUUCUCUUUCGACUUUUGAAUAAAUAGUUCGGACCUUAUUAUAAAUUGGUUUUCUGCUGCUGUGUGUGUAUGUAUAUAUUUCUGCUGAUGAUUAUGAAACGAAGAGCCUGUAUUUGGUUUGAAA